CAUCACAUAGACAACAUACUCACUAAUGAUCUCAACAACGUCCAGCACAGCAGAGAUGGUUACGCAAGGUAAACUUCAGAUCAACGCUUUGGACAACAUCGAAGAUAAAAACUCAGGGAGACUGGGAUGCUUUGGUUGGCUGUUGGUCAUUGCAUCCCUCCUGUUUAUAGCAGCAACCUUCCCCCUCACAAUAUUUAUGUGUGUUAAGAUAGUAAAGGAGUACGAGCGAGCUGUCAUUUUUAGACUCGGCCGGAUUGCAGACAGGAAGCCUAAAGGGCCAGGACUUUUCUUUGUUCUGCCCUGCACUGAUAACUUUGUGAAAGUUGAUCUGAGAACUGUUUCCUUUGACAUCCCUCCACAAGAGAUCCUAACCAAAGACUCAGUAACAGUGUCUGUGGACGGCGUGGUGUACUUCCGCAUUCACUGCCCAAUCUCCUCCGUGGCCAAUGUGUCCAACGCACACUCAUCUACACGCCUGCUGGCUCAAACCACCCUGAGGAAUGUACUUGGUACCAAAAACCUUGCCGAACUGUUGUCUGACAGAGAGGGCAUAUCACUCAGCAUGCAGGAAUCUCUGGAUGAAGCCACUGAUCCGUGGGGUAUUAAGGUGGAGCGUGUGGAGAUCAAGGAUGUGAAGUUGCCACAGCAGCUGCAGAGAGCCAUGGCAGCAGAGGCAGAGGCCAGCCGGGAGGCCAGAGCAAAGAUCAUCGCUGCAGAGGGAGAGAUGAAGGCCUCCAGGGCUCUGAAAGAAGCCUCUCUGGUGAUUGCUGAGUCACCCUCUGCUCUCCAGCUGCGAUACCUGCAGACCCUAAACACCAUCGCAGCAGAGAAAAACUCAACCAUCAUUUUCCCUCUGCCUAUAGAUAUGUUGCAGAAUUUCAUGCAGAGGAAGUGAUGAAUCUCACAGCCAGCAAGUCCUAAAGGAGCUAAAUCAAGUCAGAUUUGUUCUAAUAUUAUUGUUAUACUAUUAUUACAGCUAUAAGCUUCAGUGAAAUCUCUUUAACAUAGAUUUUUUUCUAUUUUUACUGGGUCAGAAAAGAGCUCUAUAUCGUAAUUAUGUAUUUAUCCACUCCCAAUCUCACUUUUGUACACUUAUUUUCUUAUUGUGAUUUAAUACUUAAAUACAAAGUGCAACAUAUACAGUAUAGACGUUAGUGUCUUAUCACUGACCACAAUAUUUUAUCCAGCUAAGCUACAGUCGCAGUUCCUCCGGAGGACAAAUAAAUAAAAUAAAGAAAUAAAUAUAUGAUGCACAAAAGAUGUGAAACAAAAAUAACACACAUUCUUAUAAAGUCAUGCUUUCAUAUAAACAUAUCCGGUGGAUGAAUUUCUGAAAUACUGAAUGCAAUCUUUACAACAGAAUUCCUGUAAACGACCAGCAGACAUACCAACAUCCAAGUGACAAACUUUCUCUGACAUUGAAUGAAAACUGUAAACAAAACCUCUUAUUCUAGUGAGAAACAAACAUUCAGUAAAUGAGUAAAAGGUCAUGUCCACAGGACACAGAGGCAAUCAGUGCAAUCAGGGUACCUAUGGGAGAGAAAGAUAAUUUCCACUUCCUUUCAGAACGCAGUAAAAUCCACCAACAACCAAGUUAAACAUAAGCAACCUGUUGUCCUCAAUGUAAACACAACUCACCUACAAAUUCAUGUUUGAGCAGAUUUCCAUUUAUGUCUGGGGAGGUCAUAUUAUUAUAAUAAAGCAAUAAUUCUUCAAACUAGUUUCAUACAUUUGCUGACAGCACUAUGCUCUUUAAAGUAUUUAUACGUAUUCUGUACAUCCAAAUAAUUUUAUGCAAAGGACAAUAAAACAGACAGUUGAGCUGUGUGGUUAUGUAAACAUGAGGUUAAGUUUAAAAAAAAAAAAGUUUAACCAAAAGACUACAAUUACUGUAAUACAAAACAAAAGGUUAUGGCAGUAGCUUCCCUUUGAUGAUUCAUAAUUUCCAACCCCUGAGAUUAUUCUCUACAAUGAGGAAUGAGGUAACAGUUUGCAGCUUUAUCAAAUUUAGUAUUUUUUUUCUCAACAUGGAAUUUGCCAAAAGCCAAUUGGAUCUGGAAGCCAUAAUGGUAUGUUCCAUCACAUUUGUUCUCAAGGUUUUCUGUGACGAACACAGAAAAGAUAAACAACUCCAGUUAGCUGCAAGAGCAAU